UGAUUCUCAAUCGACCUGAACAUGGACCCUCCGCACUCCUCUCGUACCCUUUGCCGGGACAGCGAAUCUACAUCCGAUGAGCCAAUCGCCAUUGUUGGCAUGGGUCUGAGGUUGCCCGGCCAAGUUCACACAACCGCUGAAUUCUGGGAAAUGCUUGUGAAUAGACGAGAUGGCCAUGGACCCGUUCCCCCCAGCCGAUAUAAUGCUGAUGCCUUUUUUGACCCGUCUUCAGCACCCACCAGCGGCUACUUCCUUCAGGAGGAUCCUGCUUGUUUCGAUGCCCCGUUCUUCUCGAUCGGGGCAAAAGAGGCGAGCGAAAUGGACCCUCAACAGCGGCUUCUUCUCGAGGUGGUCUGGGAGUGUCUAGAAAAUGCAGGCGAAACUGGCUGGCGCGGCAAGAAGGUUGGAUGUUACGUGGGUACGUUUGGGGAAGAUUGGCUGGAGAUGAAACUCAAGGGAUUGGAGCCUCGGGCAACCCGGUUCCAUGCCAUGGGCACCGGGGGUAUGACCAUCCAGACGGCCUGCUCUGCGUCACUUACCAGUCUUCACGAGGCCUGCCAAGGGCUGCGGUCCGGGCAAUGCUCGGCCGCCAUUGUGGCUGGCAGCAACCUGAUCUGGACGCCGACGAUGACGGGCGCCAUGCAUCAGAACACGGUUCUUUCACCAAGUGGGAAGUCAAAAACCUUUGAUGCGACGGCAGACGGGUAUGGGCGUGGAGAAGCAAUCAAUGCGGUAUAUAUCAAACGACUCAGCGACGCGCUGAGAGACCAGGAUAAGAUACGUGCGAUUAUCCGGGCUACAGCCGCGAAUUCAGAUGGCAAAACAGCAGCCAUGACCAAUCCCAAUCCAGCUGCACAGGAGUCGCUCAUUCGAAGCGCAUACAGGCGGGCGCAGAUUGAUGAUAUUCGCCAGACAGGUUUUUUUGAAUGCCACGGAACGGGCACCACUGCCGGCGAUUCGAUUGAGGCCACCGUCGUAGGCAAGGUGUUUGAUGGCGCUGGGGUGGCCAUUGGUGGUGUAAAACCCAAUUGUGGCCAUGCGGAAGGCGCCAGUGGGCUGAAUAGUCUCAUCAAAGCCGUCUUGGCCCUGGAGAACCGUGUAAUUCCUCCCAAUGCAAAUUUCAACACCCCUAACCCUCGCCUCCACUUCACCGAGACCAAACUGCAUGUUCCAACCAAGCCAACGGUGUGGCCAGAGGACCGUCAGGAACGUGUGAGCGUCAACUCUUUUGGCAUUGGGGGUUCUAACGCGCAUGUCAUCCUGGACUCCUCCAGCUCUUUUGGUUUGGAUUACGCAUCUCACGUAGCCCCGGCCGAGCCCCAACUGCUCGUGCUCUCGGCUUAUGAUGGUGCAAGCCUGCAAAUGAAGAUAUCUCAGCUCACGGGAUAUAUCCAAAAGCAACGAUCAUCAUCCCUGCAAGAUGUCGCAUACACCUUGGGGGUGAGGCGUGAACACCUCGGCAAGCGUGCAUUCGCUGUCGUCCACCCCAAUACCCCAGUUCAGCCAUCUGACUUCCAGACCUUACAAUCCACCGCCAGUCCAGCGCCUCCGACAGUAACCUAUGUCUUCACCGGACAGGGUGCCCAAUGGCCUGGAAUGGGCAAAUCCUUGCUUAACACCGAGCCACGCUUCCGGGCAGCAAUUGAGGUCAUGGACGAAGUAUUGCAAAGCCUGGAAGACCCUCCUGAAUGGUCGCUCAAAGAGGAGCUCGCGCGAGAUGAUGGACUCUCACGGGUUAAUGAGGUAGAAUUGGCGCAGCCGCUGUGCACUGCACUCCAACUGGGCCUAGUCCAAGUGUUCGUCCACUGGGGCAUCCAGCCUGAGGCUGUGGUUGGCCAUUCCAGUGGCGAGAUUGCCGCAGCCUAUGCCGCAGGGGCAAUCACGCUCAAAUCAGCCAUCAUCGUGGCAUACUACCGCGGGAAGCUGGCCAAGUUGCAAGAAGGGUCUGGUGCCAUGGCAGCAAUCGGGUUGUCCCGAGAGGCAGUGAUGCCAUUUCUCAUCGAGACCGAAGGGGUCGUCGUGGCGUGUGAGAACAGUCCCCAGAAUGUGACCCUUUCCGGAGACAAGGAGAAAAUGGAACAGGUACUCGAGAAGAUCAAGGCGUCGCUUCCUGAAACCUUCUGCCGCCGACUGCGUGUCCGGAUCGCCUACCAUUCCGCCCACAUGGAACCCAUUGGAGCUCGGUAUGAAAGUGCUAUCGCCCACCACAUCAACCAUGGCCGGUCGAUGCGGCCAUUGUCAUCCACGGUGACAGGCAACAUCAUCACCGACCCUUCUGAACUGGGAGCGGCAUAUUGGCGCAGGAACCUGGAGUCUCCUGUUCUCUUUUCCGGUGCUGUUGAAACCAUCAUAAGGAGUGGUUCGUCGUCUCAUCCUGUCUUUGUGGAGAUUGGCCCCCAUUCCGCCUUAUCGGCGCCCCUUCGGCAGAUCUUCCAGAAGAUUUCUCCACAAUCGCCCCCGGAGUAUAUUCCUACGCUCGCUCGCAACGAUGAAGACGCCAAAUCAUUGCUUCUCGCAACUGCAGGCCAUGUCUUCGUGGCCGGUCACGGCCGUCUUCUCACCGAUCUUCCAAGAUAUCCGUGGAAGCAUGAUCAACGGUACUGGUCUGAAGGCCGCGCUUGCCGGGACUGGCGCCUGCGGUCACUCCCCCACCACGAGCUUCUAGGAUCGCGGGUGAUGGAAUCAACCUCCUUCGAACCCGCCUGGCGGAACCUGUUACAUUUGAAUGAUGUUCCAUGGCUGUCGGAUCAUGUGCUUCAGGGGGACGUGAUAUUCCCGGGGGCCGGAUACAUUGCUAUGGCUGGUGAAGCCGUCCAGCAGAUGGUCCCUGAUUCUAACUGUUAUUCUGUUCAAAACGUACACUUUCUGUCCCCCCUGUUGUUGACCAGUGAGGCUGCAACGGAAAUUAUCACCAGUUUGAAGCCCAUUGAGCUGGCAGAUGGUAUCGACUCGGGCUGGUAUCACUUUUCAGUGUCUGCGUAUGAUAGCCUUUCAUGGACCGAGUGUUGCAAGGGUAUUGUGCGUGCUGGAACGGACCAUUCCAUCGAGCCGAAACAAACCCAGAUACACCCUUUCGCCCGACAGGUCGAAUCAAAUCGGUGGUAUCGAUCAGUCGAGCGUGCUGGCCUGCAGUACGGCCCACACUUUCAAGGACUGCGGAACAUCACCGCUGAUCCCAUACAUCCUGCUGCGGUAGGGAGUGUCUGUGAUCCCGAGGAGCAGUACGAUAGCCGCUAUACCCUCCAUCCAACCACGAUCGACCAGUGCUUGCAGUUGAUUGGGAUUGCCGCAUUGAAGGGCAUGCUUCACAAACUCGGUGGGGCAUUCGUUCCCUCUAGAAUUGAAAGUCUAGUGGUGAGCAAAGGACCAUCUUCUCACACCAUCUUCGCGGUCCAGAGUCAACCCGUUGCCCUAAAGGAACAAUGUGCCAGCGCUAUCGGUACAUCGGAGGGUCAGACAAUCCUCAGGUUGAAGGGUGCCGUCCUGACGGGACCAGGGGAGCCCAGGGCAUCCGAUGACGAUGACCAUCUGGCUGCGAGAAUCAGUUGGCAGCCAGAUAUCGAUUUAUUGUCUCCCAGCAAAUUCCUAAAAUCAGAUUACGUCGAUAACUUCAACGUGACCCGCAUGUCCGGGCUUCUAAGUCUGCUGUACGUUCGUGCCACGGCUGUCCGAAUCGCAAAUCUUGAAUCACAACAAGCCCACCUCAUGAAAUGGAAAGCGUGGCUUAUUCGGGAGGCGGAUAUGAUUCAUACUGGAAUGCACCCCAGUCUCAUACCCCUGUCACACUGGGUUCGAGAUUUACACCCAGGCAAUGACCCUCACCUCUGCCUGUUGAUGAAAACCAUUGAGGCCCUGGUGAGCCAGCAAUCAGAUGAUCUAUCAAACCCACCCUCUCCGGUAGACAGCUUGAUGACCAUAGACCCAUUGGGCGCACUGGAGACCAUUCACGAGCAAAUGGAUCAACUGCCAGACGAUGUAUGCCGUCCUAUCUUUCUUCAGUGCAUGAGGACUGUGUUCGACAAUUGUCAAAGCAUGAUGAACGGGGAUUCCUCACCACUGGAUGUUCUGAUGGAAAAGAAUCUGCUUGGACGAUUCCAUGAGGAUUAUGAUAUGCCCAACGGUGAUUGGGGUCCGCUCCUACAGCUGCUCGGUCAUGCCAACCCAGCCCUGCGUAUACUCGAGGUUGGUGCUGGAACAGGGGCGACAACACGGACAGCACUGUCAUCCCUCAAAUCCAGCGCUGGUACACGUCUAUACUCUCAGUACGUUUUCACCGACAUCUCGGCAGGCUUUUUCCCUGCUGCUCGGGACCGCCUGCACCGGGAGGAGAAUAUAGAAUACCGAACCUUGGAUAUUAGUCGUGAUCCCAGCGAGCAAGGAUUCGAGCCGCGUAGCUUUGAUAUCAUCAUUGCUACUAAUGUUUUCCACGCCACCCCUAGUCUUCGCGAGACAUUGCAACACGUCCACUCGCUGCUAGCUAGCGAUGGCCGUUUACUGCUCCACGAACCUUCCAUUGAGACGCAUUUCGUUCCAUAUAUAAUGGGGUCGCUUUCCGGUUGGUGGGUAGGUGAAAAUGAUAAACGUAUCGAUUCACCUUGUGUUUCGCCAGAUCGAUGGGACCAAGAGCUGCGUGCUGUCGGGUUUACUGAGAUCGAAACAAUGGAGAGUGAGCGAGAACGUAAACUCGCCGAAAGCUUCUCCCUUGUCUGCAGACCCUCUCCUCCACCCACUAUUCGCAAAGAAGUUACCCUUUUGACCCGCAAAUUGGGGGAAGACGGGUGGAUCUCAGAGGUAGAGGAGUCAUUUCGGCAAAAGGGAUACACCAUCAAUUACACAACGCUUGAUGAUUCGCCGCCCUGUGGUCAGAUUGUCGUCUCGCUACUGGAUUUUGAAAGCCCCUACUUGCGCGACCUCUCUGGAGAAAGUUUCACGGCUCUUCAACAGUUUCUGCUUCAGAGCAGUGACUGUAGAUUUCUAUGGGUGACGCACUCAGUUACAUUGUCUUCUGCAGACCCUCUAUUUGGCAUCGUCUAUGGAUUUUCUCGCUCCCUUCGAUGGGAAGCAUCGAUGGAUAUAUCUGUCCUCGAGAUGGACGGGUUCGAUACAAUAACAGCCAACACUUUGGUGACUGUUCAUGAACGAAUCCAACAGGCAAGAGAGCUAGCGAAUCCACGUCAGGAGUAUGAGUUCGCCCUAGACAAAGGUGUCAUAUAUACCAGUCGAACCAUCCCGACAUCUCUCACGAAACAACUUACAUACACCCCGCCUGUGCAACUCCCCCGAAGGCUGGCAAUGGAGCGUAUUGGACACCUAGAAACAUUUCACUGGAGCCCGGUUCCGCAGGAAUCCGAGUUGAACCCCGGUGAGGUUGAGGUAGAUGUCCGUUUUGUCGGACUAAACUUCAAGGUGAAUCAACUCUUAUCGUGUACGAUACGAUACCUCCACUGACUCAAUCGACUAGGAUGUACUCACUUCGAUUGGAAUGAUCGGACAUCCUAUGAAAAAAAAAAAAAAAAAAAAAAAAAAAAAAAAAAAAAAAAAAAAAAAAAAAAAAAGUCUCAAUGCUUCAAUGCAUUCACAACUGUUUAGAUGGUGGCUGAGCUGUCUGUACUUCGUUUCCCUGGUUAUUACCGCCCAAAUCUAAGCGAUUUUCCAACAUGUACAUAUUAUCCUUGUGAAGUCUGCCUCGCAGGGCAGUGAUAACUUGAAUUAUGAGCAUUGGGCUGUUGUUGGCUGUUUUACUAGGUAGCUGUUAACACAGUGUGAUCUUUUAUUUUGUGGCUAUGUGGCAUUUCAAGUAGUUGCAAGGCAGACAUAACCAAGAAAAGCC